AUGGGUCUUUUAAUGAUGUCUGACAAACUUCCCAAUGUUAAAUAUUGGACUCCAGCUUACAUUAAAAAACAUCUCAAGAGACAUAUGAAUAAUUCAAGUUAUAAUGAAGAUGACAUUGAAAAAAUUGAAAAACAGAAUAUCGGUGAAAAAGCUUUUCUCAGAUUAACCAUACAAAUGCUUAUUAAUGAAAAUGCAGAAGAACACUCUACGUCCGUUAAAGUUGUAACCGCCUCUGAAUUCAAUAAAUUACGUGAUAACUACCAAAAAACAUUGAAAAAGAAUAAUAGAAUUAUCAGUAAUAUGCUAAGUGAGAUUAAAAGAUUACAUGGAGGAGAGUAUAGUGUUGAAUUGUUGGGUUCAUAUUAG